UUCGUGGCGCAAGUCUGUACUACAUCAGUUUUACAUAAAUUUUUUAUCUGUGUACAGUACAUAGUAUGAGAAGUGAAGUGGAAGUGCGGCCUGGGAUCGAGGCUAUUACUCUGUAUGCAAGGCUCAUUAUUUUGCUAACUGGAUUGUUGACAAGAGACCGUUUAGAUCUACAGAACACAUCUGUGUGGUGGUUCUCAGUUUCAACUUCAAAUAAGCCAUGGACAACCAACCCCUCCUUGCCAUGGUCCCCAGUACAACCAGCCUCAGGGUGGCUACUCUCCCCCUCAGGCACAGCAACCUACUGGCCCUCCAGCCGCUGGCCCCCCUCCUGGACAAAACUUGCCUGGAGAGGAUGUGCACGAGAAUGCAGGCGCCGAAGCUCCUCAACCCUCUGCCCCUGACGCCUCCAAGAUGGACUAUGUGAUGAACCCAUUCUAGAAGCUUACAUAGACACAACAAAGAACUCCUUGAAUGACCAAUUACCGGCACUUUUUCAAGCAACAAAAACGAAUCUCCCUAAAAAACAAAAAAUCGCAAAAAACAGUUUCGUAAAAAAUAGAGCUGCACUCACAAUCAAACCAGCAGAUAAAAACUUGGGUAUAGUGAUCAUGAACACCAGAGACUAUAUACAAAUAUGUGCAUCCCAAUUAGCGGACACCAAUACAUAUGUACAAGUAGACACCUUCCCAGCCACAACAAUCCACCGAAAUCUCCAGAACACACUAAUUGAGCAUUCAAGAGUACUGAAACCUCAUAAAAACCUCCACAAUUUUCUUCUACCGCAACCAAAUAAAACACAGACACCCAAAUUCUAUGGUAUACCAAAAAUCCAUAAAAAGUUCACCAGCCUACCACCAGUCCGCCCAAUAGUAUCCCACUCAAACUCGCUACUAGCACCAACGGCCAAGUUUAUCGAUCACGUCCUUCAACCUCUCGCCCGAUCACAUCAAGACUCCCUUCUCAACUCCAGCUCUCUCCUUCGUAUACUCCAAUAUAUGCAUAUCCCAGACGAUGCCUUUUUGGUCACAAUCGAUGUAGAAAGCCUCUACCCAUCAAUUCCGCAAAAAGAAUGCCUAGAAAUCAUCUACGAAGAAAUGCACGCCAAAAAACAUCUACUCCUGUUCGAUCCGAACCUAUUUAUUAAACUGCUGCACACCAAUGUCACUUCGAACUUUUUCGAAUUUGGGCCCAUCACCUUUAAACAAGUCAAAGGGACAGCGAUGGGAGCUGCUUUCUCACCCACCAUUGCAAACAUCUUUAUGUCCAUCAUUGCAUCCCAGCCCAAAAAACCACACCUCCUAAAAAGGUACAUAGACGACAUUUUUAUCAUUUGGGAACACUCCCUAGAAGACCUACUAAAUUUCCUCUCAGCACUCAACUGCUUCCAUGCAACACUGAGAUACACGUGGACAUUCUCCAAAACAUCAGCCGAUUAUUUAGAUAUAACCAUCUUUAAGGGUCUCGCUUUCCCAGCAACAAACCUGUUAGACACAAAAACGUUCCAAAAAACUCAAAACUUAUACCAAUACCUACACUUCAAUUCAUGUCACCCAAUGUCAACAUUCAAGGGCCUCAUAAUAGGAGAAUGCAUAAGAUACGUAAGAAUUAAUUCGUCAAAGGACAACUAUCUAGCGACCCUAGAACAGUUCAAACAAAGGCUAUACAAAAGACAAUAUCCCACAGCGCUCGUCAACAAAAUAACUCAAAAAAUCAAUCACGAACAAAGACGGAACUACCUGAAAGAACCCACCAUCGCAAAUAUCUCGAAGCCAAAACCAACUUUUAAGUGUCUGCCUCCACCACACUAUAAUGCUCUAAAGGCAAUCAUCCUACAACAUUAUCAUAUGGUUCAGAGAUUUGCACCAAGACCUAGAUUUAUUCCUCUAAGGCACAAAAAACUCGGAGAAGACCUAAUUCGUGCAAAAAUAUACCCCACAGAUGAACAAUUCGUUGACAUGGUACUCACCACCAGCCAAGAGUUCCACAGCCUCAACAGCACAUAGCACAAUGCUACAAGGCCAACACUACGCCCGUGUGAAACGUCAACCAAAACUUGUAAAAACAUCAGAUGUGCCACCUGUCAACACCUAAACUGUGAUACUCACUUCCGUAGUACCACCAACGGAAGGACACACCCUAUCAGACGAUCUUUCACAUGUAAAUCAUCCAACGUUAUCUACCUGAUUACUUGCAAAAAAUGUAAAAAACAAUACGUCGGUCUAACAACAAAACAACUGAAUUAUAGAAUCUGUAGACACCGAUCCAACAUCACCCAUAAUCAACCCAUCUACAUUAGCAGACAUUUCAAUUUCAAGGAUCAUAAUAUACACCACCUCGCCGUACAAGCAAUAGACUAAGCAGAUAAUCUAGAAGAACUAAAAAAGCUUGAACGCUUUUGGAUUCUCACAUUAGAUACUGUUGUUCCAAAAGGUCUAAACGUAACUAUCGGCCACGGUGCAUUGUAAGAUCUAUGAUUGAUUGUAUGUAUGUAUGUAUAUAUGUGCUAUAAUAAUGUGAAGACAAUUAAACAUGUAAACAACCUCUAAACAACCUCUAAAUAAGUAUACAAUAUGUACAUACUAGAUGGAGAAGGGUCCCCCACCACGCGGGGGGACCCUUCUCCAUCGGGGUCCCCCUGCCUGGUGGGGGAAAACACACACACACACACACACACACACUACUACAUAUUUAUUUUGACUAAUGCCUUGUGCUAACUCUAAGAAAUGUAAAGACUAUAUACACACACAUGUCACCUAAAUGUACAUGUAUAAGCAUUAAUUAAGCCUAUAAUACCACAAAAAUUAGAUAAGAUUUAGAUUUAAUCCCCAUUCCCGAAUCUCAAGGUCGGGCGUUCAAGUGCUUCUUUGUUUAUCAUUUGUCUGUGUUUUCUGUUUUUAAUUUUAUUUUCUGUCCCCUGUGCCCCCCCCCCAUUUGUUAUUGUUGACAAUAACCAGUACUGCCCACUUUGAAUUCAGACUAUAUAACCUAAGUCCUUUAGAUAAUAGCCACUGCAAAUGUAAGCUCACUUAAUUAAUAGGUAUGUCCACCCAACCCAUGGUAUAGAGUAACAAAGCCACUGAUAGGACCCCGUUGAGCAAAAGAAUAAACUACCCGCACUGAGCACUACAGAAUACAUGUACCCUGCAUACUUUUAAAACACCACAACCACGGUGUACGCCACAUACAGCUUCCAGAAUGCCCUCAAAACAUAAACUCAAACCAUUGCCUUACUACCAUAAAAGCAUACAAAACAAAAACCCCAAAAUAAUGAUACACCAAAAUUAAUGAAGAUAGUGAAAUUUACACAUCACAAUUAAGAUCCACAAGUACAUUACCACAAUACACAAACCUGCCCCAUUACAUAAAGAAACAUCACAUGAUAAUCCUAAAAAUAGUCUAUCAAUCUCCUCUCCACCUGGCCUACCUGAAAGAUGACAAGUGAACUAAUAUGCAGUACUGCUAAUGACAUUCAUGGUGUUCACAUACAGUCCUUCAUCAACAACAUAAUUUUAACAAAAAU